AUGUCUGAAGAUUUAAAGAAAUAUUUAUAUCGUCAGUUGAGCAGCAUCAGUGGUUUAUGUGCAAUUGUUGUGUCUGACAGAGACGGAGUUCCUGUUCUAAAGGUGAACAACGAGAAAGCUCCUGAAUUUGCCUUGAGAUCUGGAUAUUUGAGCACCUUUCCUCUUACAUCUGAUCUAUCUGGAAAGUUAGGCUUUGGGAAAAAUAAUUACUUUAUUUGCUCCUACAGUAAUUAUACAGUUGUCCAUUUUAACAGACAACCACUGACACUAAGCUUCAUUGCAAGCAGCUCAGCAAACACAGGUCUUAUACUUAACCUUGGAGAAGAACUUAAAUUAUCUUUGGACGGUUUGAAGCAGAUUGUUAAGGAUUAA